AUGUCAGCUCCUAUUUCAAAAAAAAGAAAAUUUAUCAAUGAUGGUGUUUUUCAAGCAGAGUUGAAUGAAUUUUUAGCUCGAAUUUUAGCUGAGGAUGGAUAUUCAGGUGUAGAAGUGAGGGUUACACCAAUAAGAACUGAGGUUAUAAUUAGAGCCACUCGUACAAGAGAAGUACUUGGUGAUAAGGGUAGAAGAAUACGUGAAUUAACAUCAUUAGUUCAAAAAAGAUUCUUUAAUAAAUCAACUAAUAGCGUGGAAUUAUUUGCUGAAAGAGUUGAACAUAGAGGUCUAUGUGCGAUGGCACAAGCCGAAUCUCUAAGAUAUAAAUUAUUAAAGGGAUUAGCAGUUAGAAGAGCUUGUUAUGGUGUAUUAAGACAUAUAAUGGAAUCAGGAGCAAAAGGAUGUGAAGUUAUUGUAUCAGGAAAAUUAAGGGCACAAAGAGCUAAAAGUAUGAAAUUUCGUGAUGGUUAUUUGAUUUCUACUGGAGAACCAUCUAAAAGAUUUGUUAAUACUGCUACAAGAUCAGCACAAUUAAAACAAGGUGUUUUAGGUAUAAAAGUUAAAAUUAUGUUACCUACAGCUAUUGAUACAAAAACAGGGUUACCAUCUAUAUUACCUGAUAAUAUAUCUGUUUUAGAACCAAAAACAGAUACGGUAGAUGAAUUAUAA